AUGUCUCUUCCAGCAACCCUCCCUCUGGAGAUCGUCAGAAAUUAUGCUCCCGCCGUGGCGUUCCAUCAGAACGAGAGGUGGCUUUCAUGUAGCAUUGAAUACCUCUGCAGCGGUGGCACAACCUUGAACAACCAGCUGUUUAUUGUGUACAAAGACAACAACUCGGCCCAAUUGUGGGUCACAGCGAGCUCCGACUUGGAAACCUGGCGCGCACAGCAGAUUCCCCAUGAAUAUGCUUAUGGCGUCGCAUUGACGGCAAUGGAUGGGGUCUUGUACCUGGCGUAUAGCUCCUAUGACAGCAGCCACAUCAUGUGGGCCCAAUCGUCUGACGGUUGGAACUGGACAGCCAAGGGACAGAUUAACGGGGAAGACAUCAACCAGACACCAGCCCUUGUGACGAGGGGUGACACGGUUAUCUGCGUCUUCUCCUCUUCUACUGGCUCACCUAGUCUGCGCCAGGGCACAUAUACCGCGCAAGGUGGUUGGAAGGACAGUUGGGAGAUACCAGGUCACACAGCCUAUCAAGUCGCUCUUGCGGUGGACAACUCCGGUGGAAAUCUCCUGUUUUACGCGUCUCAGAGCAUAGAUGGGGUGAAUUGGAUCAACACGCAAGAGAUCCCAAAUGCAGGUUCGGUGCCAUCCUUGACAUUCUUCCAAGGAAGAUUUUGGUUGUCCUGGUGUGGAACAGACUCUAACCAAUCCUUCUGCAACUGUUACCUGGCGGCGGAUUUGAGUGCCAACAUCCCCCCAAUCUCAAACCCAACACAAGCCGACCUCAUGGCUCGUUCAUCCCCAGACUACUUUCUCAAUGUCACCGACUGCGUCCAGUCCGGUCAGCCUCUAGGGGAUGCGCCGAUAUACUAUGCGGUCCAAGAGAAUAAAGACAAAGGGACGAUUACUAUCCUUUACAUCUUCCUAUAUGCUUACCAGCCCGGCCAGACUAUCCGCCUGCCCGGCUUCACUGCUCUUAUCUGGAACAUCGGCUAUCACCAGGCCGACGUGGAGCAUUUUUAUGUCACAUUGAAGCCGGAUAGCAGUCAGCCGGAUGGAUUUGCCAAGCAGGAAUUUUAUUUAAUUUCGAGGCUGAUGGUAAUCCCAACCCUUUCAAGGCGGAUGAAGUGGAUUAUCACGAUGGGCCAAAUGGCUCCCACGCUGCUGAACGGCGAAAAAGCGAUCCUUGCAGACAUGCGCCUCUUGCUUCGUGCGAUACCAAUCGGUCUUUCCAUCAUCAUCAUCAUCAUCAUCAUCAUCAUCGACAGACCUAUCUUCGAUACGCUGACCAAACUCUUAAAUUAUAGUGGCCUCCGUUGCCCUUGCUGGACACGGGAUCUGGAAUCGGAAAUCAUUCACGGGCGACUGGGUGACGCAAUUCUCUGCAAAUACGGUGCUCUUUGGCGAGCUCCAAAUCGGACCCCUUUUUGA